AUGAGGAGACAACUUUUAGGAUGUCGUUAUCCUCGUAAUACUUCUUGGGAUCGGGUUUUAUAUUCUACCCAAAAGACCGCUAAGAACGCUUCGUCGGCAACGCCGGCUACUAUGACAGCUAUUGUAUCUCAAAGACAGAAUCUUUUCAUGACAGAUCCUUUAUCCCCUGGAUCUAUGUUCUUUCUUCCCAAUGGUGCUAAGAUUUUCAACAAAUUGAUAGAAUUUAUGAAGUUACAACAAAAAUUUAAAUUUGGCUUCAAUGAGGUAAUAACACCUUUGAUCUAUAAAAAAACUCUUUGGGAAAAAUCUGGCCAUUGGGAAAACUACUCUGAUGACAUGUUUAAAGUGGAAACUACUGAUGAAGAAAAGGAGGAAUAUGGUUUAAAACCAAUGAACUGUCCGGGCCACUGCCUUAUCUUCGGCAAAAAAGAUAGAUCGUAUAACGAACUUCCCCUGCGCUUCUCUGAUUUUUCACCACUACAUAGAAACGAAGCUUCUGGUGCAUUAUCAGGCUUGACUAGAUUAAGAAAGUUUCAUCAAGAUGACGGUCAUAUCUUUUGUGCUCUUUCCCAGGUCAAGUCAGAAAUUUUCAAUUCUUUAAAACUGAUCGAUAUAGUUUACAACAAGAUUUUUUCUUUUUCUAAAGGUGACACUGGAACAAAUAACAACUAUUUUAUAAACUUUUCUACAAGGCCGAGUCAUUUCAUUGGAGAUGAGAAAGUUUGGAAUCAUGCUGAAAAAGUGCUCAAGGAAAUUUUAGAAGAAUCAGACAAACCAUGGAAGUCGAACCCUGGUGAUGGUGCAUUCUACGGUCCCAAGUUGGACAUAAUGUUAACCGAUCAUCUAGGCAAAACUCAUCAAGUUGCUACUAUUCAGUUAGAUUUUCAAUUACCUGAGAGAUUCGAUUUGAAAUUUAAAGAUCAAGAUAAUUCGUACAAGAGGCCAAUUAUGAUACAUAGAGCUACUUUUGGUUCUAUUGAAAGAUUUAUGGCCUUACUGAUAGAUUCUAAUGAGGGUCGUUGGCCAUUUUGGCUAAAUCCUUACCAGGCUAUAAUAAUUCCUGUUAAUACCAAAAAUGUUCAACAACUAAACAUGUGCAGCUCUUUGCAAAAAAAAUUACGCAACGAAGAAAAGGCAAAUGACAUGGAACCUGUUACUUUGAACGAUUGGCAUUUUAAUGUUGAUCUUGAUACAAGAAACGAACCUGUAGGAUACAGGAUCAAGUCCGCAAUUUUGAAAAACUAUUCUUUUUUAAUUAUUGUGGGUGAUGAGGAAGUAGAGCUACAGAAAUACAACAUUCGAGAGCGCGAUAACAGGAAAAGUUUCGAAAAACUUACUAUGUCCCAAAUUUGGGAUAAAUUUAUCGACCUGGAGAAAAACUACAAGUAA